UUUUAAAGCAUGUGUCAUCUCGACUUGCGUCUCCAAAUAUCGCUCCUAUAGGAAAUAUACGCGCCGAGAAAGGACGCCGAAGCGCAAAAAGUCGCACCACCUCCAAACAACUUCCAGGCAAGACGCGUCGCUUUACACAGGCCUGCUCACUUACCGAGUGGAGAAAUAUUUGUAGAAGUUGAAGUUUCUCUUUGGCUUCACUGACUUGCUGUCGGUUACACCGCAUUUAGAUUGUGGGAGACAUCCGAUCUCUUGACAGGGGGCGACCAGAAGUCAGCAGAGACGCCGUGUGUGCGCACUGACCGCGCCAGUCUCACCUACCCAUCUCACCCGGCUGCUCUGUUGUUUUUGGCUCCGGUAGACUUUUUUAGACAAAAAAAAAGUGUAAGUAAGCCGUGAGAUGACCCUGUCUGGGGGCAGCGAAAGAGCCAGCGACAUGUCCGGCCAAACUGUGCUCACAGCAGAGGACGUGGAUAUCGACGUGGUGGGCGAGGGAGACGAUGAGUGCAUGGAGAGGGUGGACAGCGACUGCGACAGCCCGGGGGGAGGCAUCCUGCACGACCUCCGAGGAGAAGCAGGCGACGAGGAGGUGGAAGACGAGAUCGAGGUGGAGAAAGAGGAGAUGAGGUCCGGCGGAGGGAGCCCGUGCUGCGAGAGCUCCGGGGAGGGAGAGACUGGCACCGGAAAGGGAGAGGGUCACGAAGGGAGCGCAGCGGCGGGAGGUGGGAUUCAGAAGCCCAAAAGUAGCCUGGUAAAACCGCCGUACUCCUACAUCGCCCUCAUCACAAUGGCUAUCCUCCAGAGCCCGCAGAAAAAGCUCACCCUCAGCGGGAUCUGUGAGUUCAUCAGCAACCGCUUCCCGUAUUAUAGGGAGAAGUUCCCGGCGUGGCAAAACUCCAUCCGCCACAACUUGUCCCUCAACGAUUGCUUUGUGAAAAUCCCCCGGGAACCUGGCAACCCCGGCAAGGGCAACUACUGGACCCUGGACCCGGCUUCCGAGGACAUGUUCGACAACGGCAGCUUCCUCAGGAGGAGGAAAAGGUUCAAGCGGGUUCAGCCGGACAUGCUCAGGGACCAGACUGCUCUCAUGAUGCAAAGUUUCGGGGCGUACAGCCUUGGGGGGCCCUAUGGGCGGCACUACGGGAUCCACCCGGCUGCAUAUUCCCAUCCGGCGGCUUUGCAGUACCCGUACAUCCCCCCUGUAGGUCCCAUGCUGCCCCCGGGCGUCCCUCUCCUGCCCUCCGCGGAGCUUAGCAGAAAAGCGUUCAACUCCCAGCUCAGCCCGAGCCUUCAACUGCAGCUCAACAGUCUGAGCACGGCGUCCAUGAUCAAAUCAGAGCCGUCCAACAGACCGUCGUUCAGUAUAGAGAACAUCAUCGGGGUCUCCAGCGCCUCCUCGUCCUCACCGGGCGCCGCUCAGGCUUUCCUGCGGCCUCCGGUGACCGUUCAGUCGGCCCUUCUGAGCGCUCAGUCCCUCUCUCUGACCCGGACCUCAGCCGCUAUCGCUCCCAUCCUCAGUGUACCUUCAAAUAUUAUUUCUGGACACGUUUUACCCUCAGCAGCGGCGGCGGCAGUGUCCAAAUGGCCUUCACAGUGACUUAAACAAAGCAAAAAAAAACAAACUUAUUUUUAUAUAGAGACAUUAUCACUGGAGGAAGUGUGAACAGCACAAAUCAAUAGGCAGCACUGGACUCAUGUAAAGACUGUUGAAACACAGAGAAAAAAAGAAAAAGGAGAUAUUUCUGUACAGGUAAUAUUUGUAAAUAUUUGUAAAAAAAAAAAAAAAAAAAGAAGAAUGAUUUUACCUGUUUGACUUUUACCUGUCUUUUUUUGUUGUUUUGUUUUGUUUUGUUCCUGAUUGAGAUCUGUGAUAAUUAUUUUACAUUUUCUUUUUGUAUUGGAAGCUCAAGACACAAGUGGACACAAUUUUUUUGGCUUCCUUUUCAUACAAGACACAAAAAGCUCUGAAAAAAAAAUAGUCUGUUUAUAAUAAAAAAAAAAUCAAAUAUAUGUAAUUCUAUGUAGCUAU